GUAGAAGUUGCAGCCGCGGUAGCAGUCGUAGAGCAGCACGCAGCUAGUAAUCUCCCACAGUGUUGUGUAUGUGCGUGGAUAGGAUUAGAUAUAAGAAGCGGCAAGAAAAUCAGACGGGACAAAAGGCUCGCGUAGUAUCGUAUCUGUCUUGCAAACUCUUGCCAAUAAGACCACGACGAAAAGCUCGGUGCAGCGGAAAUACACUGAGACAAAAAGUAAGUGCGUGGUCACUUGGUUCGGCGUAAACUGUAAUCCGCGUAGGUCGAACUUUCAUUCAUUGUUGUUAAAAACGAAACGAAGAUUGACGCCGCCAAAGCCUAUAUAUAUAUAUAUAUAUAUAAACAUACAUAAAGGGAAGGCAAGCGGUAAAAGGUAGUGUUGCGCCCUGUUGCUUGAUGUCUGUGUUACUUGACGUCAGUGUCGUAGCUCCGUCUCUGUGGCCUUCAUAUUGUUAGUGUUCGUGAUAGUUGUAUUAGUCGUGAGGCGCGAGCAUCGCCACUACUAUGGCUGCUACUACCGGUAAUCGUGUAGCAUAGUGACGCCUGCUCUGGUGCAAUUGGUGGGGUGCCGCGGCCCAGGGGCUCCGAGCCCUUCCGCCCCGUCACUGCCUUCUCUUCGCCCCUGUCUUCUUACGGCAUUCAUUUCUCGACAACCAGGGCGACGACAACAACAACAUCAACGGCGAGAACGGAGAAGAACCCGUCUAAACAACCACUGGAUCGCCAGUUCUGUGUGGACCCGUCUGUAGACUUCUGGAACAAUAAUAACACAAACGACGACAACAACGAUCAGAAGUGAUCAGCUCAUGCAAGAUCCGCUCGCUGUUGGUAUUGUCGUAACGUCGCGCGGGUGCGGCUUACAGAGAAAGCUACUAGCAAAAGGCACCUGCCGAACAGAUCAGAUUGGCGGUUUGCUACAACUAACGGUGCACACCACCGGCCAUCCGGUGGAGACCAGAUGACUCAGGCCGUGGGUGCCCGCCAAUGCAGCGCCGGCGUCGCCCUGCAGCGCGCCGACAAGCAGCGGCGCACACAGCAGCAGACGCAACGACAGUCUCGGCGGACGAAACCGAGUGGAAUAUCUCGACGAAGACGGCGACGGCAGCAGCAACGACGGGAUCCUGUUGGUAAGACAUCACCAGGGUCACCGUUAUCUCGAACGGCAACAACAGCCACAACGGCAGCAGCCAAAAGAGGAACUAGAUCAAUCUUGUCUAUACCCCCAGACAUUCAUAUGGGGGCUACCCAUAGCGAAAACGGAGGAUGAAGCCACUAGAAACAUUGCAGCAAUAGACGAGGUAACAAGAUCGAAGCAGCUGUUGCUAACUUCUCGACCAAAUUACGCAGCUGAGAAUUGCCAUCGUUUAUCGGCCUACCAGAAAGAGGCGUCGGAGUUUGCAUGGAACGACAACGACGACGUAAAGCGUCGCGUGGCAACAAUAAAAACGGCAAACUUAACUAAGCUAGCGCAACAACUAUGCACUAUGACAAAGUACGCCUACGGCUUAGCAAACAACGCGCUAGCGGCCAGUGAUCUGGUCGGCACACAAAACAGUUCGACGUUCAGUCCAGCCGCUUUCAACGACCGUAAACAACAAAACCAUUAUUACAAAUACAACUAUAGCGACCGCAGUAACGGCUGCCGUCGAAGCAAUGGAUUAGCACUUGGCUCGCAGUUUUACGAACAGCCAAAAACCUCGUUAUUCGCUCAGUUGUGUGGGGCUUCGCAACGACGUAGAACGACCCGGAGAUAUGUUUUGGCGGGGGGCGUUAAGGUGACGACGGAUGCAGCGGCGCCCAGGUGCAGCCAAAGUGCAGGUCGGCCGACGGUACCUCGCAAUGGUUACGGGGACAAGGGAUGGCUUACAGACGUACAGAAUGAUCAAUAUCUUGACGACGACUUCGAUGAUGAUGAUGAUGAUGAAGUGGCAACCGCUUAUGCCAUUCCGAAUGGUGAUAAUUCAACUCCUAAGACUGACAUAGACAUUGAUGAUGAGACAACGUACAGAGAAGUUAACUCGACCGUGAGGGACCGAAGGCUUGAUAAUGGUCAAGCUCAUCGCGCGUAUACGCAAACCAUCGGCGAUAACAUGAAUAGUUCUGUUAACGGCAGUGAGAAUCUGCCCCUGUCCAUCGAUUAUAACAGGAAUAAUGGUGAUAGCGUUGGGCAGAAGAGACAUCGACUGCAAGCACAGUUAGCACUAAGAGAACGAAAGCGACGCUGCCCCCGCAGUCGACGACGGCGACAGCACGAUCGCCCAUUGUUGAAGGUGACGUCAACAAUGAGAGUGCCAACGCUGGCUACCCCCGCUGGGGCUUGCUCCGUACGCCAACGAUGCGAGACAAGACGAAGAAACUUUUGUAGCAUCAGCGGCGUCGAAAAACGUCGUUAUUUGAUAGUUAAUAACAAUAAUAAUAAUAAUAGUCAUCAUCAUAGUGAUGAUCGUCAGGCUGAUGGUGGAAACAGCUCUGACUGGGCUGAUUUUGGUCGCUCCGACGGAACAGGUCUUGUGCAGAGUGUGAGGGCCGGCACGCUGGCAGUGCCUACAGAGAUGCCGAUAGUGAAGCUGCUUCGACGUGACGGCGGCUAUGACCUUGGCACGGAUGGGGCCGAAGGCGAAGGUCGUCACGUGAAACAUCCACGGUGCCGGUGGUCGCCGGCGCGGUGGCUGCCGCGGACCGACCUCGUUCUGUUCCUUUUAAUUUGCAUCACCUUGUGCAACACUGCUGUGACACUAUCCUCGGCGACGACGGUCGUCGUCGAACACGAGUCGCCGGUGGAAGACAGAGAGCAGCAGAACCGAGAGUUGUUGUUACCCACUAUAGCGCAGAGACAUUUGCUUACUCGGCAGCAACAGCGUUCCUUCUACUCGAACGAGGUAGUCCGGUUCUUGAAUCAGCGACAGAAUACCUCGGCGGCUCUGCAAUACAUCGAAGAAGCGCACGACAAAUGGAACCGGAAGCAGGAGUCGUGCCAUCGGGCCAAUCUCACGCCAUUUGGUAUUAAACUUACACUCGAAAGGGAUCACGCGGGCCACAUCGUCAACUCGAAGUACCAGAUAUUUGAACGAGCUGAAGGAAUAGCGCAACGCACGGCGGAUUUUUUGGCCCGCUUCUUCCAGAAGUCCGUAUCUAAGCACCUACACCCAAAGGACCGUGACAGUCACGACGAUCAACCCAGCUUACGUGUCGUUUACGGGGCCCUCAUCAGUGCCAAUCUCGUCGACUCCAAUGAUGGUCGAAUGAUUGUGGGGUCUGGCAUCGUGAUCGAAGAACGAGGAGUCAACAUGUACGCCUACCAGUUAGGUAGGGGACAUCACGUACAGUACCACGCCAAUUACAGCUAUGAUUCGGACGAGAACGUCUUAAAGAGCAGGUGGUAUCGCGACUUAGUGAAGCGCUGGGAUGCUACGUAUUCUCGUAUCAAGCACCCGGCUGGCACGUGGAGUUCACCGUACUUUGACUGCGGCUUCAGUAACUAUUGGCUAAUAACCUAUGCGGCGCCCAUCAUUAUAGCGACAACCGAAAAUAGCUCGCAGAUAGGCGAAGCUGGCCGCAUUGGCCGUGGGAACAACAACAAAAAUAACAGUAACAACGACGACGACGACGACGACAACAGCAACAGCAACAACAACAACGGCGACAAUAACAACAAUGAUACGACAGGCUUGCCAGUUGAAGAAGACAAUCUAAGGCGGCUACUCGGAGUGGCUACGAUCAGCAUCAACCUGAAUCGACAUGACAUUAACCAGUGCGGUGGGGAUGACCCAUUUUUCUCUGAUACACACCAUUGCGAUUCUGCCACAACAACGUGCGACUUUAUAGCCGACAAAGGAUUCAGACGGGGUAAUUAUCGCUGCCGUUGUAGAGAAGGUUACUACCUGCCUCCAAGUCUCUUUGACACGGAACAGUUAAUUAGCGGCCACGCGGCUGAGAUGGACUUCCUCGAGAGGAGCAUGAAUAUUACGGAGCCGGAGAGGACAAACGUCGCGCAGCUGAGAUGCCUUCCAUGCCCUUUGGGAUGUACGACCUGUGAAGAUGAGGUCCCUUGUUUCGUCGAGGCAAACACAACACUUCGAGGGGGCCUGCUCAUCACUCAACUGGUGUGCGGUUUUUUGGUUCUCAUAAUGAUGUUCAUUAUCUACAAACUUCGAAAAAACCGGCAGUUUGCGGCAAGCAUGUGGAUACUUCUCGAGGCAAUCUGUUUAGGGGCGCUACUUAUCUACGUGUCGAUCAUGUGUCGUUAUUUCGAACCAUCGGCAACAAGCUGCAUUCUCGAACCGUGGCUUCGGGAACUCGGCUUUGCGACUCUUUAUGGAGCCAUCGUCCUCAAAAUCUAUAGGAUUGUCGCAGAGUUCCAGACCAGGAAAGCGCACAGGGUUUGCGUUCGUAGCAAAGAUCUUUUAAGAUAUCUCGUAGGGCUAGUGCUAUCGGUGGCGCUAUAUAUGGCGGCGUGGACGGCGAUGGUCGUGGACUCGGGCGGCGGGAACGCGCAAGACAUCUUAGUCAAUUCCACGAGCCCGCAGGGUCUUCGGUUCCUCAUGUGCCGUCCAUUGGUGUGGGAUUUCGUGACAGAAUGUGCCGAGAUACUUUUCCUCGGCCUCUCGAUGCGUCUGGCCUUCCGUCUGCGAAAUGCGCAGUCAUUUCCGGAGGCAAAGGGGCUAUCUCGCGCCAUCUCAAUUGAAGCGGCAUUUUCAUUUCCGCUGUACAUCCUUAAGCAUACAGUGCCCGACGGGAUUCAGCCCGAUUAUGUGUUCCUUGCCUAUUUUAUCAGAUGUCAUCUGACCGUCACCUUGGUGCUUAUAUUGAUAUUUUUGCCAAAGCUCUGCCACCGUCGUGGGGCAGCUGCAAGAAGUGCAAACACCAAAGGGGUCAGGACCACGGGUGCAAAUCAGUCCGGCACAGCGGUCUCGAAUGAGUCCUGUCUGGAUCCGGCACAAAGACUACAUCAGGCGAUAGUUGGCAAUGGCGAACUGGAUAUCGCCGAGAUAUCGCUUGCGGAUAUGGACCCUGAAGAAAUUCGGACUGAACUACGGAGAGCAUAUACCCAACUUGAGGUUCUCCGUAAUAAGUCGAUGCGGCGCGAUAACCCGCACAUUAGCAAGAGGCGCGGCGGACGUAAAGCAACCCACAGAAGGUUCUCCCUACAACCCUUCCAUCACAGACACAAGCAUAAUAAUCAACAAAACCAGCAGCAUUCCGCUAUGGCGUCAGCCAGUGGCACCUCAGACUACCGACAGCACGGACAUCACAACCCUCCCAACCUGCCGGAGACCACCGAGGUGUCGAAGACCCCCGAGGAGUCGACGGCGUCUAUGGAAGGGGCUUUCGCCGCAGAUGGGCCCUCGGUGACAUCGCUCUCAACAGAGCAUCGAGGAGGGGAUAAAGGCGGAGCCUCCCAUAAGCAUCACCAUUGAGGAGAUCAGGUUCCAUUUGUGCCUGCUACUGACCUUGGCUGCGACUAACUAACACAGUGAAAACGUUACAAUUCAGUACCGACCAAAGACCCGACGGUGUUGUUGUUGUUGUUGGCAACCGAGUAAUCGAAACGGAUGCAGGGGUAAAGUGCUUUGCGUAGCUUUGAAUUAGACGCCUGUAUUCUAUCGUCUAACUGUGAAAGGAUGUCUGGCAAGGCAGUGGCUAGCGAUCCUGCACCGAGAUUGAUCCCGAGGACCCGUAGUGAAGCCACCGACCUGCAACCAAACAAUUUCAUUAUACAAAUACUAUUUGAAAGGACGAGGAAGUGAAAGGACAGGAGACGACGGCACAGCAAAUACAGACGGAAGCGUAAACGACGAUUUCCGUUACGGAUCUAACAAAGUAACCAUGAAAACGUCUAAAAAAACCUAAGAAGUAAUCACGUAUCGUCAGUUCCGAUGGCUAAGUAAAUGCUAUUUCUCGCUAAAAAUAGUAAUGAAACACAACGUCACCCAUACACACAUACAGGAAAAAACACAGGAGAAUGCGGCUGUAGUAACGUGUCUAUACGCACCCAGUGUAUCAUCAUUGAAAUCGAAGAAUACCCAGGCGAAGCGAAACGAUCAAGAACGGCGAUGACGACACCUAUUAUUGAGUGGUUUGUCUCGUCCGGCUAGGUAGCGUUACUAUGUGAGGUUACAUAUAAAAAGAAAAUAGGCUCGAUGAAACAAGACGCUCGGGUACCAGUUUAGCUGGCCACGUUUUCAGGCAUUAGUCGGACUUCAAAACUCUUACAACGCAUUAGCAAUUUGCCAACACUUACAUAAUUGAACGGCGCAAAAGUAAACUUAGCUUGCCCACAACAGGGCACGCUCGCAGAAGACUAUUGCUGUGCAAUGUUGAGUUGAGCAGUAUAUUUUUUUGCAUUUCCACUUAACGAAAAACCCAUUUGCUACUGAGAACCUAUUACAACUUAUUAUGUAUCUCGUAAAACGCGAAAUACAACACACGUCAAAGACGCAGAUCGUUUUUCCACCCCUUUUGAGAUUUUUUUUUCCAUCAUAAACUAUGCAGAGGGGGCCGAGAGGGAUUUCGAAUGGUACGCCGUAGCGGACAUGCAGAAAAGGGUUGACUGGAGGGUGGGAAGCAUUAAACAGCCAUAAAUAAAAUGAAGUUCUGCGAACUCACAUCAUUGCAGACCCCCCUAAAAUACGGUGAUUAGCUACUUUCAGUGGUACUAAUGAUUACGCUGCUGUUAUUGUUCGUAUUGUGAAGACGAUAAUAAUAUAGCAAGCAAAAGUAUUAUAAAUUAACAUUAUACUUAUCAGGACAUUAGAACACUUUUAGUGACAUAUAAAGUUGGGUUAAAUAACUCAACAUGGCUACAAUACCUGUACAGAAUCUGAAAGUGAUAUGUAAGCAAAUCAUUCCCCUGAUCAGCUUCUCUAUUACGCCUCCUUUUGGAACAGACACCUCAUCCCAAUUACUUGUUCAGGAAAACCUGGAGCAGCCAAGCACCAAUAGGGUAACUGCAUAUAAUAUAAGGACUAUAAAAAAUUGUACCUUGUUCAGGCUUAAAUUCGUCAGGUUUUUUUUUUCUUUUUUUUUUUUUUAACGGAAACCUUUACUCUUAUCGCUUGAGGUAAGAGUUCUUGAAAAGACGCGCUGAAGCUAAAAUUUUAUUUCUUUACGCUAUAUUGAGAGCGGCAAUACAAGAGGAGUGUAACUUUCAAGCACACCUCACUCUGUGGCAAUUUAAUUGAAUUCUAUAUAUUAAUUACAUCCUGUUUAAAAUGGUUUCUUUUACAAACGCUGCGGAACUUGACAGUGUUUCAUAGAAGAUCUAGACUUGGGCGAACCCCACCCAGUCAGUGCGUUUCGCAAGGCACAACGCAGCUCACUGGAACAGAUCACUUUUGCGGUUGCUGAAAGUUCCUCUUGUAUCGGUACAAACCAUCGAGGUUUUCGCUGAACUUAUCACUGUAGACGCUGCUAUUUUCAAUCAGAUAUAGAACGCUUAUUUCAAAACGGGGUUUCAGACUUUAACCGUACGAAGCGCGAAGUGUCGUCGUCGUUUCCGAUGGGUUACCGGCGGCUGGGUAACGACAUACAGCGUACCUUGACUCUCUGCUCAGCUACUUACACUUACGACUGUUAUUUUUUCCUGUGUCAAUGGUAAUCAAGCGAGACCAUUUGAUCGUAUUGGGUCUAGACCAGUAAGCAGAGCCAGUGCAUAGCGCUUCGGUCGUUGAAUAAACAGUUGUUGUACUAUUAGUGAUGAAUUCAUUUAGCAACUGUUCGAUCUUCACAGGUUAAAUAUGUACGAAGACGAGCAACACUACGUGUUUAUAUAAGUUGUGUCACUUAAACUUCAGAGAAGUUGCUCGUGCCAAUACGGCCAACAAAUAGAUUACGACAAAUUGCCAUGGAAAUCUUGAUUUUGAUUUUUGGCAAACACGUUUGUAGAAAUUUUUCCCUCUACGAAUUUUUCUUCUUUCUCUAUACGAAUGCUGACAAAGGGCUGUUAACGAUCACUUACCUAUUUUCAGCCUAAUUAAUUGUACGGCCGAUGGCGCCCAAAGCGUCUACAAGUGAAUGAAGGGAAAGCGAGCUAGCGCUAAGCACGCCCAUGUCAUUUACACGCCCCAAUAUAUACAAUACAGUAGGUAUAUUCAUAAUAAGAAUAUUUAGUAUUUCAAUAGUACUGCACAUAGUAUCGCGCCUCCGCAAAUCAUCUAUUGCCCAUCGUAGCAUCGACAAGGAUCCCAUCAGAACAAGAUAGUAUUUAGUAGCUAACACAUAGUCCGCAUGUACGUCCUAGUACCUUACUCAGCAAAAGGUAGCACGAGGGCAGACAGGAAGAUAAGAGGGAUGAAAAAGGUUAUUCGGCCGCUGCGUCGGCAGAGUUACGAGCAUGAUCUCAAUAUAUUAUAGGAAAGCCAGAAGGAACUAUAGCCAGCUUGAACUGUCGAGAAACAACGAAGCGAGAGUGGAUCUAACCACUGGCAGUAUCUGCUCCCAUUAUUCCAGCCCCCAUCUAUCGAACUUGGCCAUUGCUAAGAUACUAAGUAUAACAGUCACAGCGGAUUGCUUAACUCCUUUUCGCUUACUCAACUAGCUGUCACCAUUGGCUACUUGUUGUUAUACACAUAUCACCAGAUCCACCUAUUCAUGAAGCAAAAGACAAAACGAAUGAUUGUGCUAAUGGGGUAAUUGGCUCCAGUCUUGCCAUCAACCAUCGUGUCCCUAAGUUAACAUUUUCUUAUGUGACCGAUAGCAACUUUUUUUUAGCAACGAUAGAAUUUGAAGGAUUAUUAAUUAUUAUAUAUGAUUGAUUCAUAAAUCAAAAUAUAAUAUGGUCUAUAGUUAUAAAAUAUAUGGUCUCUAGUUGAAUGCGACACGCCAAAGCUCCGUUCUUGUUCAACGUGUUUGCGACAACUAGCGUUCUAAAACGUAACCGUAAUGGAUAAGUCUGCCAGUGCGUCGCCGAAAAAAAGAUCCCCAAGAAACAAAAACAAGAAAAAAGAUCUAUCAUUAAUCUCAUAAUCGUUCAAACAGUCAGUUCUAUACUCUACUAAACCCAAACCUUAAUCUUUUUUCAAUUUGGAGCAAUAGACCCCUCACGGAUCUUCUGCUCCCGGUCCUAACAGAACCUUCUUAGGAACGUUGCAGCUCAAUGACAAACAAGCGAAAAAUUACUUCUCAGAUGUACAGAAACGUACGCAAUUACCGGCGCGAGCGCAGCCACUGCUUCAGAACAUUUACAGCGUAGCAUUUCUUAGUGGACAACCUUCAGACAACUGAUUGACCGGAAAUCGUUAAAAAAUCGAGACGCAGUUGAAAGACCACUGCCUAACAUAGACGACAAAGAUUACCCCAUCGGGUCUUCAAAACCAAGGGUACACUCGAUUCGUGCGAAAAGAUCAAGAGACAUACAAAUACGGACGAACAGGCCGUUCGCUGAAGAAACAUAUUUCCGCAACACUACAAUAGUCGCUACCGCUGGUGGCCUCAGAGUGUCAGAGAUUCAGAGAACAACAUCUAUAUAUAGAUAUAUGUGCACAUGUCUUAUUGGCCCUGUGAAUACGUUUACUGCGAUAGGAUGAAGAUUAAGACAAAGCCGUGUCAUGAAAAGCGAAAAUACACGAAAGGUCUCAAAUGUUUAGCCGGAUGACAGAGUAUUUAAAAACAUACUUCAAAGAGUUCAUGUGAUGUAUUGGAUGAUAUUACGAUAAGUAACAGUGAGAGAAAUACUGCACUUGAUCUAUUAUUAUCGAAGUAUGGAAUUAGCACGCGAGUAAAAACGCAUCCCAACCCCUCCAGCGACACAACAACACCGUAUAUCCUAGGGGGUUGUCGGAGAAAUACUGAUCGUUUUUAAAGCGAAAUAAAAGUAUUUUCUUAGAUGUAUCAUCAGCUAAAUAUACGCCAUUUGGAACGACGCCAUCUCCCUGAUAACGUCAUAUUGCCAUCACUGUAGAAGUUUCGUUAUUUCCGGGUGAUUUUUGCAUCCCUCCAUUGAAAUGAAGUGUACCAUUAAGAGAAUUCUGCAGAAACCGAAGCAGAUGUUGAUAGUCUGGUGAUGUAAAAUGUGAUGCAUUGAAAUUUUUUCAUCCAAUAUGUACCAGAUUUUGGCUGGUGCUUGUUAAGGGUGUAUGUGUGGUUUGGCAUCGUCGUGGUGGAAGGCACGCCUUCCUUGUUUAUUGUUUCUGGAUCAUUUUUGUGUUCUCUUGGGUGUAAUCUGGCAGUAGCGAGUUCGAAUCAAGCGUUUUACUAGGCGGCAUCGAUUCAUAAGCGCGAUUUCUUUUCAUUUACACCAAAUGACAAAACACAGCCUCCUUUGGCAUCCGUCUUAGAUUCUCUUGCGCCGCUUCAUGUAGUACGUAAAAAUCGGGCCAGCUUUUCUUUAAAUUGUCUGGAAUGGACCUUCGGUCCCUCGACGAUAUCGUGGCUACCUACGGGCCGGUCUUGCUUAACCUCCGUAAUAAUUUUAUCCGUUUCUUUUUUGGAUUUCCUUGACCACUUCAAAUGAUAUCUCACAUCGACACGUCCAGAACGAGAGCGACAGAGCCAUUUUUGGGCCUUUUCUUCUAACACCGAAUCAUUUCUCAUAGGCUUUCCUAUUUGUUCUCAAUGUCCUGUGCUUGUCGUAGCAACAUUAUACAACACCUCGCCUUAAGUCUGAGCGAAGGAGUUCGAACAAUUUCAACACAAAUCUCGACAACACGUGACUUAGGAUCAAUUUCGCUAAGAAAACGGUCAAUAUUCUUUCAACAGCCUAAUAUACAUAUAAUGCACGAUCAUCGCAAAUGAGAUGGGUCACAGAACGGAAAAUGAAUAUCAAGAUGGCAUCAUUUACGAGUAGGAACAGCUAUACAUUUACAUAAUAUAUCGUCAAUAUCGGUUGAAGCUACUGUGCACAAAUGAUGGUCGUAUUAAUAACAGUGAUGAUAAAUAAUUGUGAAAGGCUGGAUCAGCGGAAGGGAAGCGAAACAAAUACGCCUGGCGUUACCGAACCGAUAGCUCGCUAGUUAGGCUACAACUUACGAGUGAGGCUAUGCUAAGUGGAAGAUGAGGUGGAGUGUUACUCAGCUACUACAUGGACCGUUUACGACACAUGGAGCUCUUCGUGUUAUUGAUCAAUUAUAUAGCAAUGUCUUCAAUGUAUCAUCAAGUUAUUCGGGAAUACUCCAAGCCUGUCGUGCCUGACACAUAGACGCUGCGCUUAUUUCUUACCACGGUACAGCUAUAGUGUACAUAGCAUCCAUAUGCCGGAAGCGGGCGGGCUGUACGACCCCGGAUGGAAAACGUCGAUCUGAUAGCGCAGAACUAACAGUAGUAAUAACGAAUACUUAGUUUAUUGUUGUUAUUUUGUUGUCACUGCUGUGGAGGGGACGAACGAGUACAACCACUAUAUCUUUAUUUAACAUAAAUGUAAUAGAUAUUUGCAAAGUAACUUAGGUAGCGGUCGUAAGUAUUCAACGAACGUAGAAAUUGCUUCGAUUUGUCCAUCUAGCAACUUAUCAUUACUGAUACGUCCGUGGCGGCAGCAUAUAUACGGAAAUUAUAUGUAUGAAAGAUAAUAGUAGUAACGCAAUGAAUAUACACCGAAAAUUACAUGGCUAUGUUAAUCUAGAAAAAAAUAUACAUAACUAUAUGUAUGUGGAACUGCUAUGCUAAGAGAGUAUGGCCGGAUAAUUGCCGCCAUCAAUGGGACAUGUCUCGGAGCCAUCAGAGGAAACCAAUCUAAGAAGAUGGCAUCGACAGGUCAGUAACCGUUAAAGACCGCUUAUGGAUCAACGUUAGCUUAUUAUUGUUGCCCUAUUCUAGUCGCUGUCGUGUGCUGCUGUCUGCUUUUUAGAGAGAGAGAGAGAGAGAGAGAGAGAGUGAGAGAGAAUCAAAAUGAUAUAAAGUCGGAAAAGGUAAUAGCGAUAAUACUAUGGGUAAUGAUAGUCAUGUUAUUUGCUAUAUGGUAAAGACAAAUUUACGAUACAGACUAUAAGAAGACGUUUUACACUCACAAGCACACAUAAAUAUAUAGGUAGAGGCACUCAUCUAGGAAACACAGUGAAAUGCAUAAAUGUACAUGUAUUGAUAAUAUGAAAAUAAACGACAUGAAAAGUCCGAUGAUGAUGGUGCAAUAUGGACGAUCCAUAUUUGUCACCUCGAAAUACAAUAGACCGCCUGUUCGUUUUUGGGUUAAUUUUAACCAGAUUACGGCAUAUAUGGGUAUGGGAGCAUUGCGACAUAAAUGCGAACGAGUGCUGCCUGAUGUGCACCUGCAAGGUGCUAUUAUUACUAUGACAAGUAUCAAUAAAUAGCAGGAACGGAUAGGGUAAAACUGACGAGGUAUGAAACACAUCGAUAGACGCGAAGCUGAUGAGAACAUGUACACCCAAACACACACGUGCGCGCGCGCGCGCACACACACACAGGCACUGGGUCGGUGUCGGAUAGAAAAAGCUUUCCCUCCGUGAAGCACAGGCGGGCGAUGGGUUUGGGUCAAAAAGGAGCAUAGUAAGGAGUCGGACUGUAAACUGAGUCAUUGAAAUAGCAGAGGACUCGCUAUAUGAAGAGCAGAACCAUGAGAAACGAAGAUCUGAACUGCUAUGCGUCAAUGAAAAGUGACUGAGAUAUCGAUGACACACUAUAAUUAAUCAUAUAUAUAUUAUACGAUAAUGGAGAGGGUAAUGGUGGUGACAGAAAAAUUAUCAAAUACAUAAUGGGGAUUUGAUAUCUGUUAUGGAUAAAAGAAAACCUGCCUGUCUGCCUAUCAAAUUUUUAGUAUAAUUAUUUGCUUACAUAUUUUAACUGACAUAUGUGUCUGCCGUAUUGGCUAGAUCGAUGUAAUCGGUAUUACUCCUACGGCUAACAUGUACACGAUAGAGCAAAAAGAUAUGGGAAAACUUACGUAACGUAUUCUCGAAAUGAUGACCUAUACGAAAUGGCGACCCAUUCUCAUACUAUGAAGCGUAAUCCCGAUGGGACCAAAUGAUCUCUUAUAAUAUUCGCUAAUCGUAGAUCUCUAUUAUAUUUCACUGCUAAUAUUAUAACUAUUAUUGCCAUAAAUGUUUAGAUUCCAACUGCUACCAUGGGUAGUCUAUGUUACCACGGGACACGGUAUGAGGAAUUAAGUUAUUGUUAGGCGUAAUUUAAUUAUCGUUAUUACUACGUAAUUACAAUUAGUAUAUGGUGCAACAACCGAUAAUUACGUAGGCGUCCAAACUAGUAUGAAAUUUGUCUUAUUAUACGUGGUGCCCUCGUUGCAUAUGUUUCGUACGAUACGAAUAGUAAGCCAAACAGUGUUUGGAUCAUUCUAUGAAUUAACUGUACAGGGGCUUUUUUCGGUAAGUGAUAAAUAUUUAAUCGAUCAAUUUGAUUAUAGUUUCAAUUGAACUUAGAAAGAAGGUAACUCAACAUGAGUUUCAUAGAAACAGUGUUAGCUAGCAAUGAUGUUACUUGUUAGUACAUGGUCACAGACUAUUGAAGAGGUGGUGUCCCUAGCCAUGAAUCAUUGAUUGUAUCACCGAAAUUACCGAUAGCUCAUAGAGUCUAUGUGUAUAUAUUUCGAUAUUAAUAUCAAUCAUUUACUAUUAUAAUAUCCGAAAAAAGGAUUUAUCUCUUAUAGUAGUUGGGUAUAUUUGCUUAAUAUCCGCCUUCUCAGUAUAACCAGUGAGUCUGAUCAAGAUAUUCAACUAUCGCGGCUCCUAACUCUGCCGGACUAGUUCAUUCAUAUCUGUCUAAGGCCUUUCCUGUAGGUUUCUUGUUUUGUUGUUUCUGAUCGUAUUUGAGAAAAGUAGAUCGCUGACGUGGAUGUACGAUGAUGAGCUAGCGACAAGUUAUUAUUUUCUCCGUUCCGAAGUGUGACAUGGUAAGCUAGGCCGUGAGCAAAAAAACGCUAUAAAGUGACGAAUAGCGCAGACCUGAUCUGAACGGAUAACAACUUGGCUCUGUGGAAUACAUAUAGCUUAAACGGCGACAGUCUGUUUUGUAGGGCGCGCGCACAGUGACAGCCGGCCGGGUGAAAAUGAUGCGAUACUGAACCAGGCCUUCUCCAAAAACUGAUUCAACGCAAACGGACAUAACACCAAACUUUUGACGUUUAUUGAAAACAAAACGAUAUGAUAAUUAGGAUAAUGAAGUAAUUGAUAUGACGACGAUAACGGUGGCGGUUAUGAGGACGUAAUUAUAACGACCACGGCGUAACGAGGAAAUACUGUACAUAGGAAACAAACGGAGCUAGAAUUCUCCUAGUAAGAGAAUUACAAUAAUAAACUGUUAGUUCAUAUGGUCGCGACAAUAUGUUGGCUAUUGUCAUUGAUGUUAUUUUUUUUUUUCUAUUUUACACAUAUAUGUUUUCUAAGUGAAAACAUUACUUUGUCUUGCAUAGCGUGAUGUUUUAUUGAAUACAGCAUCGAAAAGUCAUAGGACCGAUUAGGGCCUUUAAAUUUGCCUUAAGAUUUUCGUGUUUACUAUAGGAACUUAAUAUGUCGUAAGAAAGGAAAAACGUAAAGUAACACUUCCUAUUGGUUCAUUGUUUCUGCGGAAUGACUGGAAAUUAUCGUUGUGCACGCAUCUAAUGAAAAUACGCGUCCUUGUUUACGCAAUUCGUAUUUUUACACGUGUUUUUUUAAUUCGGCAAAUUUGGAUGAAUUGGACAUUAUUGUUAUAUCAUCGGUAAUAUACAAAAAUGAGAGGGCUCGCAGGUAAAAAUAAUGAUAGUGCUUUAGGAAAGGAACACACACACAAAGGGGGUACUAAGAUCUCAUCGGCUUAGUUACGUAGUCACUGGUUUUUCUUCGGCAUAGGAAUGGCAAGCCUCCUAGACUAUUCAGCUUAAUAUUUGAUACCGUAUAUGUUUACUACUGCUGAUCUAGGCGCCUGGCCAUAGUGUGCCUGGAUUCUAAGGAAACCGUGAUAGACUGUAAAUGCAAACAAAACUAUUGCUUUUAUAAUUUAGGCACGUGUUGAUUAGUGAGCAGAAGUUGUGUGUCCUAAGUUACGUUUCAAGCAGGAACAAGGUGCAAAUGCGAUGUUUAACAAAGCCUCGUUUAGAUCGAACGUACAGUAGCAAAACAAGUUACUUUGAUAGAAAGUUGUAAUUAAUUAGUCAAGUAGCAUUGUAUUAAUAAUAAUUAUGAUGUUUCUCCAAAUAACGUCUAUUCAAUUUGGGUACAAUUUGUACAUAAUCCGAUAAAUAAAGC